AUCAUAGCGCUAAAAAUUCCGAAGUAUCUGACAGUUCAAUUACGCCAAAUCUGGCCACACUGUUGCAAAGAUAAGAAAAAGAUAAAAUGGGAGUGAGUCAGAGAGACUGAAAACGAGCGAGAAACGAUACAAGACAGAUAAAACACAACCUGAACUAUCGCGUGUAAAGUCUUCCGAGUGGUGGAAUGACGUAUAUAAGAAGCGUUUCCACGUGAUAUUAAAAGUCAAUGGCCUUUGGUACAAUUAUGUCGUCACACUUCUGUCUUAGACAUUUUCACGCAAUUUACUGUCACGAUACUGGGUGACAUCGGAUUAUAACACUGCCAAUUUUUAGUUUUCACGGUGACCGAAGUUAUGUCCUUUUUUAUCGUGGCACUAAAAAAUCAUGAUUUACAAUAGUUUCAUGUGAAAAGGCACCCUAAAGAUUAAUGAAGAAUUGGCGAGAAAAAGGCAGGAAAGGUGGGAAGAAGAGAGAAGAAGUCCGAGAAAGGCGUGCAAUCGUCCAAUAAAACGUGCUUCGUACUUGCGUUGACGUUCAUUUUUGAACAGCUCUUAUUUUACGUUACUUUUAUACAUUAUCUCGGUUGUACUGAUAUUUCUUUUUAAAUUAUGGGCGAGAAACAGACUGAAUUAAGACAUGUUCAAAGUGAAAAGCAACACGAAGAAUAUCAAUAUUUACAUUUAAUUGGCAAGAUCAUUAAAGAAGGAGCGAAAAGGGAUGAUCGCACUGGUGUGGGAACAUUGUCUAUUUUUGGAGCCCAUAUGCGAUUUAGUUUAAGAGACAGUAUAUUUCCAUUAUUAACUACAAAACGAGUAUUUUGGAAGGCAGUAGUAGAAGAAUUGUUAUGGUUUAUAAAAGGGUCAACAAAUGCUAAACUAUUGUCAAUGAAAAAUAUUCAUAUUUGGGAUGGAAACAGCUCGCGUGCAUAUUUAAAUUCAUGUGGUUUCACUGAUAGGGAAGAAGGAGAUUUAGGACCUAUUUAUGGAUUUCAGUGGAGGCACUUUGGUGCAAAAUAUGAAAACAUGCAUACUAAUUACAAGGGACAAGGUAAUGACCAAUUGCAAGAAGUAAUAAACAAGAUACGAAAUUCUCCAGAAGACAGAAGAAUAGUAAUGACGGCUUGGAACCCAACUGACAUUUCACAAAUGGCCUUACCUCCGUGCCAUGUCUUUGUUCAAUUCUAUGUGAGUAACGGUGAAUUAUCCUGUCAGCUUUAUCAAAGAAGCGCCGACAUGGGUCUUGGAGUGCCAUUUAACAUAGCAUCUUACUCGUUAUUGACAUAUAUGUUGGCUCAUAUUACUAAUUUGAAGCCAGGUGAAUUUAUACAUACAAUGGGUGACUGUCAUGUGUACCUUAAUCAUAUAUCUGCGCUUGAGGAACAAAUUAAACGUGAGCCGAAACCAUUUCCACGUUUAAAAAUAGUCGGGAACGUUGAAAAUAUCGACGAUUUUGUAGUGGAAAAUUUUGAAUUGAUCGGAUAUGAACCGCAUCCAAAAAUUUCAAUGACAAUGGCCAUUUAAACAAAUACAGUCACAUUACACCAAAAUGAACUACCGUUUAUUCGAUUCAAGUUGAUUGCUGUUAA